AUGGCGUCUGCACAGUCCUCCUCCUCCGACGGCGAUCCGGAUCCCAACGCGACAAAUUUACGGCCGCCGGGCUCAAGCUAUGACGCUUGGUGUGGUGUUGCUCAUGGCUGUACAAGGAAAUUGGGAAUGAAGAUCUGUGGUUUCCUGCAGAAGAACAACAGCGUGGAGGAGAGGAGCAGGCUGGCGGCCUCGUUGAAGGAGCGCGCGUCCAGGAGCCUCAUGCUCUCGUGUGACAACAGUAGCGGGGGUGCUCGCUUCACACGCACGGAGACAGAUUUCUCCAACCUGUUUGCCAGAGAGCUUUUACCUGCCAAAAAUGGAGAAGAGCCCACCAUGCAGUUCUUGCUGGAGGUGGUGGAAAUCCUCACCAGCUACAUCCGCAAAACAUUCGACAGAUCCACCAAGGUGCUGGACUUCCACCACCCACACCAGCUAUUGGAGGGCAUGGAGGGCUUCAACCUGGAGCUCUCAGAACAGCCCGAGUCUCUGGAGCAGAUUCUGGUGGACUGUAGGGACACCCUCAAGUACGGUGUUAGGACAGGUCAUCCCAGGUUCUUCAACCAGCUCUCCACUGGAUUGGACAUUGUCGGUUUGGCGGGGGAGUGGCUCACCUCGACAGCCAACACCAACAUGUUCACCUACGAAAUUGCCCCUGUCUUCGUACUGAUGGAGCAGCUGACGCUGAAAAAGAUGCGCGAAUUCAUUGGCUGGCCAGAGGGGGAGGGGGAUGGCAUCUUUUCUCCAGGAGGAGCCAUCUCCAACAUGUACGGGGUGAUGAUUGCACGCUACAAGUACUUCCCUGAGGUGAAAAGCAAAGGCAUGGCAUCUGCACCUCGGCUGGUCCUCUUCACCUCUGAGCAUAGCCACUAUUCAAUCAAGAAGGCUAGCGCAGCAUUAGGAUUUGGAACGGACAAUUUAAUUCUGCUCAAAACAGAUGACAGGGGUAGAGUCAUUCCUGCUGAUUUGGAAGCCAAAGUAAUCGAAGCCAAGCAAAGGGGUUGUGUUCCCAUGUACGUGAACGCCACAGCCGGCACCACGGUCUACGGGGCCUUCGAUCCCAUCAAUGAAAUUGCUGACAUCUGUGAAAAAUACAACAUGUGGCUUCAUGUGGACGGUGCUUGGGGAGGAGGGUUGCUGAUGUCAAGGAAACACAGACACAAGCUGAAUGGAGUCCAUAGGGCCAACUCAGUAACCUGGAACCCUCACAAGAUGAUGGGAGUGCCUCUGCAAUGCUCUGCCAUUCUGGUCCGAGAAAAGGGCUUAUUACAAGGCUGCAACUCCAUGUGCGCCGGCUACCUCUUCCAGCCAGACAAGCAGUACGACGUUGCUUACGACACGGGAGACAAGGCCAUCCAGUGUGGCCGCCAUGUCGACAUUUUUAAAUUCUGGCUCAUGUGGAAAGCAAAGGGAACAGUGGGAUUCGAACAGCAUAUCGACAAGUGUCUUGAACUCUCGUCAUACCUUUACCACAAAAUAAAAAACAGAGAAGGCUUCGAGAUGGUGUUCAACUCAGAGCCGCAGCACACCAACGUAUGCUUCUGGUACCUUCCGCCGAGCUUACGCAGCAUGCCGGCUGGUGAAGAGAGACAAGAGAGGUUACACAAGGUGGCCCCAAAGAUUAAGGCCAUGAUGAUGGAAUCUGGCAGCACAAUGGUGGGCUACCAACCUCAAGGAGAGAAAGUCAACUUUUUCCGCAUGGUCAUCUCCAAUGCGGCUGCUACUAGGUCCGAUAUCGAUUUUCUGGUGGAGGAAAUUGAAAGACUCGGGCAUGACCUGUAA